AUGGCUGGAAGAAAGCGAGCACUCGAGCCUGCCAUUGAUGGCGGGCCUGCUGCUGCGACAAGCACCCGUCGCAAGCGCGCUCGCAAAGAGGUGGUCAACGACAAAUCUCUGCUGCUGAAGCUCCCCGGAGAGUUGAGAAACCGCAUCUACGAGUUCAUCAUGGAAGACGUGAAAGAGUACAAGAAGGGUAAGACUUCAAAAGCACCGAAACGUGAAGGAGCUGGGUAUCGGAACUUCCGCAAUGAUGAACCCAUCCACAUCAAGUACACUUCUGUCAAAUCUCGCAAGCGCUACAAGACAGAUAAGCAAUGGGCUACCGCACACGACCGUCGCCCUUACUUCGGUUUGACCCAAGCCUGUCGUAUGCUGCGCGAAGAGUUCCGACCUCUCUACAUGAGCGAACUUGGGUUUUGCAUCGAUCUGCACGUUGACAAGUACCUCGCUACCUUUGGAGCCAACGAAGAAGAACAGAUGAUCGGUCAGUCUGUUGCGAACAUCGUGCAAGCUCCGCUUUCAGACGUUGGAACAGACUUGCUUCCUUUCCUGGAGAGGCUCCGUGAACUGAAGCAGCCGCGAGUGGACGACUAUCGCGUGACAUACGAUGGACAGCAACACUGGAACCGAGACAAUCUGCUAGCUAUACUCUGUUAUGAGUGGCAGCAAGACACAGGUGAUCUUACCAGAGCCAAAACUGGCAUCACCAAGAUCACUUUCGUCAAGAGCCUGGAGGCCGAGCGUCACAAACAAUCGAACGAGAUUCCGAUAUUGGUUGUGGAUUUGGAUGCAGAUUUUUUCGUGUCGCAGACCCAACGGAUCAUGAAAGCUCAUAUGGAAAAAUUGCUCUAUUGCUUUGAACUGGAAGAAGUCGACAACAUGGUCACCCAGUUUCGUUGUGGGGGUGAGAGCUUUUCUUUUCGCAGUGAGGCGAAUUGGUACGAAAAAGACCCAGCUACAAUCGUGCGACUUCGUGACUGA